ACCGCAUUCCAGGCGCUGAGCUGCCAGGUUGCAGCCGAUCCGCACAGGAUACGCUGACGUGCCCCGCCAGGCCAGGAAGGGGAGGCGGUGUCCAAUUCUUUUCCUGUGUGGGAUCCAUAAGGAAGUGGGAGAGAGAGAGAGAGAGAAAAGCGGCGUAAGAGAAGGACAAAAUGUGGGAAUGUCCGAAGCCGGAGCGGCUCCGGCUUCACGCCAUGUGACCCCUGCUGGCCCAGGAGGUGCCGUAAGGCGACACGGCAAGGAAAAGGAGCAAGAGGACAAAGCAAGAGGCCAUUCCUGCAGCAGCUGGCGGGUCGAGUGGAGGAAAAAGCAGAGGACUGACCAGAGAACCAGGGGAGGCGAGGGCAGAACCCCCGCACCCCACGCCAGUGCCUCUUGCCCAACCUCAAUGUCACAACCUGUGAGAGUGGUGGGGAACGUGUGGGAUUAAAUUUACCCAUCACUGAUCUACAGCUGCAUUGGGCAAGGGGGAACGCCCUGAUAGUACUGGGACCUCCUGGAGGAAGGGGCUUGACACCCUGUCACUGGGACGCUGCCUGUGACGGACAGUCCCCGUCUGGGGCCCAAGGGACAUACGGAACAACCUUGUCACGUUUGUGAGGAGUCUCGGCCGUCGACCUGUCACCAUCCCUGUGAGCGGUUCUCCUGGGAGACGUCCGAUCUCACAAACGCAGUCAUAUACACAGAUACUCUCACACGCACAAACACAGGUAGACAGACAGACGCAGAUGCACGCAGGUGUAUAGGCACACAGGUAGACAGAUCGACUCAGGAAUAAAGGCGCACGUACACACACACACACACAAACUCAGGCAGAUAGACAUACAGGCAAACGAGAAACGUACAGGCAAGCGCAUUCACAGGGAGAGGGAAAAAGAUACAGGCAAAAGGACACAGGCAGACAGGGAGAGAGGCACGCACAGGCGGGGACACACACACACACACACACACAUAGAGAGACAUACAUAGGUGAACACGAACACAGGCAGACACAGACAGACACACAGACACACACACACAUAAACAGGCGGACGUCACAGGUACCGCAGCGAUGCCUAUCCUGAAGCAGCUGGCCCCCCAGCAAUCAAAGCGGCGUUCCCGGCCGGACCUAACCCGGGAGAUGAUCAGUGCCCCGCUGGGGGACUUCCGCCACACCAUGCACGUGGGCCGAGGCGGGGAUGCCUUCGGUGACACCUCCUUCCUCGGCAGUCGCCCGCCGACCUCCCCCGCUGCCACCUCCCCGUCCACCCUACAACCCCUUCCCGAGGAAGAGGUGGGAGGAGAAGAGGGAGCUGCACCGCCCCCACUCACACCAAAGGGAGGGGUGGGAGAGGAUGAGGAGGGAAGGGUCCGGCCCAGAACCUCGCCUGGAGGGAUGGCUCUGAGGCGCACUGACUCCGUGCUCUCCUUCCAUGUUGACCUGGGACCCUCAAUGCUGGGGGAUGUGCUGGGAGUGAUGGAGAUAGGGGGGCCUCCCCAGGGUCCCCAAUCACCAGGGGAGCAGGGUCCCGGGACCCUUCCCAGAGUGGGGGAAGGGGAGGAGAGCGAGUGGAGUGGGAGGGAGGGUUUGAGGGAAGAGGAGGAGGACAGUGUGAAGGGCAAAGGUGAGGUAGAGAGGAAGGAGGAGGAGUGGAGGGAGGGUGAGGAAGAGAGGAGAAAUGGGGAGAGGGAGGAGAGGAGCGGUUCUAUCCCCAAGGAAGUUGAGGAGGAGGAGGAGGAGGAGGAAGAUGAGGGGGGUGAGUGUUACACCUUUGAUGAGGAGGAACAGGAUGAUGAAAUACACGUGUAGGACAAGUCCCGACUCCACUCUCCCCCCCCAAACCAUUAUGGGCUUAGCAAGCUGACCACUCACUCUCUAAAGGGUUGGUGUCAGUGGGGGGGUCUAGCGGGGUGUGGGUCUUUACUUAUCUUCCUCCUAUUUAUCGUUGGGGAGCUCCCAGUCCCGGGACUGUGCUUGGAGGAACCUUGUGUUGGGUCGACCUCUGGGAGUGUGCGAUGGGAGGUGCAGAGGGAGCUUCUCACUGUGUCAGGCACUGCACUGUGUGAUAGGAUGGUAUCGGGGGAGCUUCACUCGGUGUCAAAAUUUGGGAGAGGGUUACAGGAGGGUGUCGAGGGAAGUCCACUCUGUGUCCAAACAUGGGAGUGAAUGAUAGGAUGGUGCAGAGGGAGCUUCACUCUGUGUCUGACCCUGUGAGUGAGUGUUAAACGGUGUGGAGGGAGCUUGUCUCUGUGUCCAACCCUGGGAUUGGGCGAUAGGACAGCACGGAGGGAACUUCACUGUGGCCGACCAUUGGAUUGGGUGAAAGGACAGUGCGGCGGGAACUUCAAUCUAUGUCUGACCCUGGGACUGGGUGAUAGGAUAGUUGGAGGGAUCUAUAUUCUGUCUCUGAUUGAUUCGGGAACAGUAUCUAUCUGUAACUUUGACAGUCUUCCACCAUAUGUCUGUUCCUUUCCAUUACCUGCUGUUAUUAUGUUCAUAACCUCAGACAUUUUGAGUCAUUUUAUUGCCUGUGACAUUUUUAAAAGAGAUUUUGUUGAAAUAUAUUCUUGCUAAACACUGAGAUGGCUGUUUGGUUGUAUAUGACAGGCUUCUGUUUAGUGCUGUGGGGCAGUGAUGAUCUCUUUAUCCAACUGUGGUAAAGCAUCUGUCAGCAGAAUUGACCACAUAGGUACGUCAACAAAUGCUGUAGAAAGCCAAUAGUUCACAAUGGUUUUCCCCAAAAAGCAUUUUUUUUAAUCCAGACUAUUAAUGUUACUCAUUAAUACUCUAAAACCUUUUGAUUAACUUUUUUUUAGGAGUUUAGUUGCAGUAUGAUAAGUUUUCCUGUUUAAAGGGAGCGGGUGAUGGGAUCCCGGAGGGUUUAAAGGGAGUGGGAAGCAAGGUUCCGGAGGGUUUAAAGGGAGUGAGAUAAGGGAUCCUCAGUGGGUAUAAACGGAACGGGAAAUGGGAUUCUGGUGAGGUUAAAGCGAGUGGGAGAAGGGGACCCGGUGGGUUUAAAGGAGUGGGAAACAGUUCCUGGUGGGCUUAAAGAGAGCGGGAAACAAGGUCUCUUUGGGUUUAAAGUGAGUGAGAAUUGGGGUCCUGGUGGGUUUAAAGGUAGCAGGAAAUGAGGCCCUGGUGGUUUAAGGGGAGCAGGAAACAGGGUCUCUGGUGGGUUAAAAGAACCAGGAAACGAGGCUCCAGUGAGUUUAAAGGGAGCGGGGAACAGCAUCCCAGUGGAUUUAAAGGGAGCAGGAAACAAGGCCCCAGUGGAUUUAAAGGAAGUGGGUGACAGAGACCCAAUAGAUUUAAAGCAAGCGGGAAAUUGGCCACAGAGUAAGGAUACAGGGACUGAUAGUUGGGGUCCCAGUGAGUGCAAAGAGACCGUGAAAUGGGGUCCCGUGUGUGUAAACAGAACGGGAAAAGAUGGGGCUGUCCCAGGAGGUGAGGGUCCUACGUGAUGGAUACCGCCUUCUUGAAGCACCGCUUUCUGAAGAUGUCCUCGAUAGUGGGGAGCGUAGUGUCCAUGAUGGUGCUGGCCGAGUCGACAGCCCUCCGCAGCCUUUUUCGAUCCUGUGCAUUGGAGCCUCUAUAUCAGGCAGUGAUGUGACCAGCCCAAAUGCUACAGUCUUCGGGGACAUACCAAGUUAUCCCAAACUCCUAACCAAGUAGAGCCAAUCGACUGCCUUGAAAGUGGUGUCGCAGGUGGAGGUUUUGGCACAUUAUCCUUCAUGAAUCAGAGUACUGAAUACAGGAGUAGGGAUGUUAUGUUGAAAUCGUAUAAGGCAUUAGUGAGGCCUAAUUUGGAGUACGGUGUGGAGUUCUGGUCACCCACCUACAGGAAAGAUAGCAAUAAGAUUGAAAGAAUACAGACAAGGAUGUUGUCAGGAACUUGGGACCUAAGUUAUACGGAAGGUUGUCAAGAACAAUCAUGUUCAUGAGAUCAUGACUGCCUACGUCAUACGAUGAGGCGCAUAAUGAUGAUGACGAGUAGGUUAGGAUUUUAUUCCCUGCAGUGUAGGAGGAUGCGGAGAGACACGCAUAAAUUUAUCAGCGGUAUAAAUAGAGUAAAUGCAAGCAGGCUUCUUUCCAGUGAGGUUGGGUGGGACUACAAUUAGAGGCCAUAGGUUAAUGGUGAAAGGUGAAAAGUUUAAGGAGAACAUGAGGGGGGGGGUUCUUUACUCAGAUGGAGUGGCGAGUGUGGAGCGAGCUGUAGGUGAAAGUGGUGGAAGAGGGUUCAAUUGAAACACUUAAGAGAAGAUUGGACAAGAACAUGGAUGGGACGGCUAUUGUCUGGGUACGGGUCGAUGAGACUAAGCAGAAUAACAGUCAGGCACAGACUGGAUGAGCCGAACGGCUCAUGUCUGUGGUGUCCUGCUCGACGACUCCAAAGACACCAGCAUGUCUUUUCUGUGAUUGCAUCAAUGUGCUGGCCCAGGACAGAUCGUCUGAGAUGCAAACCAGCAACAAUAACGAAGUUUACAGCAGGGUUCAGAUCAGCUGGGAAGGUGGGCCAAGGCAAGGCAGAUGGGAUUAAAUUAAGGUAACAUAAACGCAAGAGAUUCUGCAAAUGCUGGAAACCCAGGUAUAAUCUGGUCGCCAACCCUUUUAAUUCAACUCCCCAUUCCCAAUGCACAGUUUCCUCUAUUGCCGCGGUGAGGCCAGUCACACGUUGGAUGAGCAGCACCUCAGAUUCCGUCUAGGUAGCCUCCAUCCUGAUGGCACGAACAUCGAUUUCUGUAUCUUCUGGUGAUUCCUUUCCCCUCCCCUCUUACCUCUCCUCUUCUCACCUGCGAUCACCUCCCUCUGGUACCCCUUCUCCUCUUUCUCCCAUAUUUCACUCUGCUCUCCUAUCAGAUUCCUUCUUCAGACUUUUACCUUUUCCACCUAUCGUCUCCCAGUUUCUCACUUCAUCCCCACUCCCCUCCCUUCCCCCUCACCUAUUUUUACCUAUCACUUGCCAGCUUGUACUUCCUUUUCCUCACCCCCACCUUCUUAUUCUACCUCCCCCACUUCUUUUCCAUCCGGAAGAAAGGGUCUCAGCCUGAAAUGUUGACUGCUUAUUCCUCUCCAUAGAUGCUGCCUUACAUGUUGGGCUCCUGCAGCAUUUUGUGUGUGUGCUAUGUUAAAUUCAGACAAGUUCAGACAGGAAGUUAUGUUGCGGCUUGAUAACAUUCAGGAGUUUAACUCUGACAAGUGCGAAUUGGUGCAUUUUAUAAACACAAGAUGCUACAGAUGCUGGAAACUCGCAUACAAAAGUCUGGAGGAGCUCACACAUUAACCCUUUCAUUCCCAGGAUAAUUCUUAUAAACCUUUGGACUUUCUUGAAUGCCAAAGUUCAAAGUAAAUUUAUUAUCAAAGCUCAUAUUCAGUAUGUCACCAUACACGACCCUGAGAUUCAUUUUCUUGCAGGCAUACUCAGUAAACCCGUAACAAAACAAUAACCAUAAUAGAAUCAAUGAAAGACCGCACCAACUAUGCAAGUAUAAAAAUAAAUAAUGAUAAACAAUAAUUAUUGCGAACAUGAGAUGAAGGUUCCAUCAGAAAUACCUGCAGGUUGUGGGAAUGUUUCAGUGAAGUUAUUCCCACUGGCUCAGGAGCCAAAUGGCUGAGGGGUGAUAACUGUCCCUGAACCUGGAGCUGUGAGUCCGAAGGCUCCUGUACCUUCUUCCUGGUGGCAGCAGUGAGAAGAGAGCCUGACCAUAAGACAUAAACGCAGAAUUAGGCCAUUCGGCCCAUUGACUCUGCUUCGCCAUUUCAUUAUUGCUGAUCCAUUUUCCCUUCCAAUCCCAAUCUCCUGUCUUCUCCCCGUAACAUUUCAUGCUCUGAAUAACCAAGAACCUAUCAACCUCUGCUUUAAAUACACCCAAUGACCUGGCAACAAAUUCACAAAUUCACCACUCUUUGGUGAAAGAAAUUCCGGCUCAUCUCCAUUCUAAAUGGACGACCCUCUAUUCUGAGCCUAUGCCCUCUGGUCCCAGACACCCCCACCAUAGGAAACAACCUCUCCUGGGCGGUGGGGGUCCCUAAUGACGAAUCGUAGUUUCCUGUGACAGCUCUCUGUGUAGAUGUGCUCAAUGGUGGGGAGCUUCACCCAGUAUUCUUUUUGAGAUAUGGGUCCUAAACGAGCCUGCGAGAGGAAGCAGUCAAGGCAGGGGAUCUUGGGCAGCAUGGACUGGUUGGGCUGAAGGGCCUGUUUCUGUACUGCAUGACUUAGUUCAGGUUAUCGUCAUUCAACCACACACCUACACAUCUAACGGAAGCACUGUGCCUCUGGGGCCAAGGUGCAAACACAGUGCAUAGGUCUUAAACUUCAGUUAAGUCAGGAAACUGUGUUGCAGCUUGAUGAAACUCUAGUUAGGCUGCAGUUGGAGUAUUAUAUACAGUUCUGGCCACCCAGUUAUAGGAAGGAUGUCAAAGCUUUGGAGAGGGUGCAUAAGAAGUUUACCAGGAUGCUGCCUGUAUUAGAGGGCAUGUGCCAUAGUGAGAGGAUGGACAAACUUGAGCUGCUUCCUCUGGAGUGGCAGAGGCUAAGGGGAGAUCUGAUAGAUAUUGAUAAGAUUAUGUGAGUGAUAGACAGAGAAACAUCUUUCUCCCGGGGUUGAAAUGGCUAAAACCAGAGGGCAUUCAUUUUAGGUAAGGGGGUAAUUUCAAAGGAGAUGCGAGGGGCAUUUGUUUU